AUGCCUGAUGGUGUUCGUCUAUCAGUAACACUCACUGUUCCGAUUUUAACACGUCGCGGUGAAACUUUUCCAGUUCUACUCCAGUAUAAACCCUAUCGAAAAGAUGACAGUUUAUUGUACGCAGAUCAGUCCGAUGCUCGAUAUUUGGCACGACGAGGUUUUAUAGUGAGCAAAAUUAUCAUGCAUUUAAUUACGAUGUGUAAUUUUCUUUCAUUUCAGAUUGCUCAAGUUGACAUACGUGGUACCGGCUCAUCAGAAGGUAUUCUAGUCGAACGUGAAUAUAGUACACAAGAAUUAAACGAUUGUGAGCAUAUUAUUCAACAGCUCGCUAGCGAUCGUCGUUCGAAUGGUCGAGUAGGAAUGUAUGGUAUAAGUUGGUCAGGUUUUAAUACUCUCAUGAUGGGUACUCUGAGACGACCACGUGCUUUGAGAGCUCUGUUUGCUGCACACGCUACUGACGAUCUGUACAAAAGUGAUAUUCAUUAUCCAGAUGGUAUCAUGCAUUUAGAUCAGUAUUUAAUUUUUAUCGAUCAUAGUAAUGCAAUACCUGCUCCGAUAGAUUAUAAUAUGAAUGCUCAAUGGAUAAGAGAACGGUUUAGACGACGACCUUGGAUUGAUGUUUAUCUUUCGCAACAGCUUGAUAACUCAUUUUGGAAAGAGAAUUCAAUCAAAUAUGCUUAUGAUAAUCUCACAUUACCUGUUUAUCUUAUUGGAGGAUUGUACGAUGCUUAUAGAGAUUCUCCUCUGCGUAUCUACGAAAAAACUCGUAAAAACUCACCGAAAAUCAAAGUAACUAUUGGUCCGUUUGUUCAUGCGAUGCCUGAGAAUGUGAAUCGGCAUCCAGGACCUAUUUACGAUGGUAAAGCCGAAAUGGUUCGAUGGUUCAGUCAUUGGCUUAAAGAUGAUCAAAAGGAUAGUGAGAUCAUCAAAGAACCAGACAUCACUCUUUUUAUUCGAACAAGUCUCACCACUGGUCAUUAUCGAUACGAAACGGAAUGGCCCAUUGUUCGCCAAAAGAUACGACGUAUGUACAUGUCCAAAGAUCACAAAUUGAUUGAACAAAAGCCAUUAAUGACAAAUUUAAAUGAAAAUAAGGUUUUCAACAAUGUGGAUAUUCUUGAAUAUCGACCAUGGAUUGGUUUUGAAGCUGGCACUUGGUUAGGUGGAUUAACAGAUGAUCAGCGACCUUUUGAUAAAGAUUCUCUCAUCUACGAUAGCGAACCAAUCAAUCAAGCAGUUGAACUUAUUGGCGUUGUUAAUGUUUCACUUCAGGUCAGUGCUACUGUUCGUUUAGCUCAUUGGAUUGUACGUCUGGAAGAUGUUGAUCCCAAUGGUCAAAUAGCAUUAAUCACGACAGGAGCUUUAAACGGAGCUCAGAGGCAAACUCCUCCGGCCUAUCUCAAACCUAAUUGCCAAUAUACGAUCACAUUUCCGCUUCGUUUUACUACCUGGACAUUUCUCAUUGGCCAUCGUAUUCGUAUUGCUGUUUCUAAUGCCAUGUUUCCUACCUAUUGGCCAUCUCCAUUUCCUAUGAAUACGUCUCUCUUUUUUAAUUCAUCAACUACAUUUAUUGAUUUACCUGUUUUACCAGUUCUUUCCUCGUCAAUUCCCCCAGCAUUCACUCAAAAGCAAGCUUCACCUACCGAUACACUUCCAGAAAUGUUCUCCGGAGCGAAACCAAGAGUGUAUAAAACAUAUGAAACCAAUACUAAAACAACAGUCAAUUUUGAACGAAUUUCCUAUGAACUUUUACCUAACAAUUAUUUUAUGUCGGCUUUACAGACAUUUAAUUUAUCAUGUUCUCAUCAAAAUCCAGGUGAUGUACAUUGGUCAGGUCGCGCUCAACAAACCUAUGUGUUUGAUGUUCAUGGAUAUCGAUCCAUAGAUGAUGUACCUCUCAGAAGUGGUGUUCAAGAAUUGUAUCCAAAUAUAGAUCUAUCAACGAGACCCUACUUUAUUCUGUUGACACAAUCGGAUGUUCGUUCCGAUCGAGAGUAUUUCUAUGUUAAUUUUAAACGCCAACUGUUUCGAUCAAAUUCUUCCACGAAUAAACCAUCGGAAGAGUUCAUUUUCACAGGAAAACACAAGAGAUUAUUUCAAUAA